CAAGUUACUAACUUAAAAAUUCAAGUUACUAACUUGAAAAUUCAAGUUACUAACUUGAAAAUUCAAGAUAAUAACUUGAAAAUUCAAGAUAAUAACUUGAAAAUUCAACAUACUAACUUGAAAAUUCAACAUACUAACUUGAAAAUUCAAGUUACUAAAUUCAACAUACUAACUUGA